AUGAUAGUCUACCCGCCCUCUCAGCGCCACAUGCCCUCACAACCUUCCAAAACGUCCCCUCAGCCAGGCCGGCCCGCCGCGUCGCGCGCGCCUUCGUUCCCGCAGCACUCGCCUGGUGCUGUCGCCGACCGCGACGCCCUGAAACCGCCGAAACGAGCCCAUACUUUCCACAAUGGGGCCCCUGCUGGACCCAGCGAUGGCCCCGACGCAUUCGAGACGAGCGAGACCGACCCAGAAGACAAUGUCGAGGUGACGAGAGCAUCCGUCGAGCUCGAUGACCUGCCCAUCGAGCUGAUUACCUUGACGGACAGCUUCAUCGAGUCUCUCGGCGCCAAGGUGCAUCCAACGCCUCCAAACAUCGACAAGCUGUCACAGCUCUUCCAAGACUUCUACACGACGGCAUCCUCGCACAUUGCCACCCAUGUUAGUGCCUUGGCUUACCGUCAAAGCCGCGAGGCUUCUCCCGCUGCACCGGCCAACACCAUGUCCGCGGCCGCCAGUCGUCUGCGAUCAAAGGCUACGUCCCUCGGCUCGAAAGAUAAGCCCAAGGUUGAGGCAGAGCAGCAAAUGAUCACCGCCGAGGAGCUGGCCAGCCGGAAACGAGCGAGGAAGGCGCUCGAGACAAAGCGUGGCCUUCUCGAGGAAGCAGUCGAGCGAAGGCUCUGCGAGGGCAUCUAUGAUCGGAUAUACCGGCACAGUAGUACGCAAGACGAGGCCCAGGACGACAAGCUACGAUCCAAAACUGCAGCUCUGGCGCUCGUUGGCAUCGGCCCCGUCGAUCUUGGCAUCGAAAUUAUUGAUCAAGCGCCGCAGGCUGCCGAUGUCGCUGAAGACGAGCGAGACGGGAUCCGUGGGGCUCUUCACCAGGCCAGGGUGGACAUGACCCGCAUGAGCGAAUCGAGAUAUCCCCUUGGCAAGCUCAACCACCUCAAGGCGGCCCAUAAGAGCAUUGUCGAUACCCUUGCUCGCUUUCACCCGUCUGCAUCAGCGGAUGAGAUCAUGCCCAUGCUGAUUUAUACCCUCAUUACACUGCCACCCGAGAACCUACAUAUCAUCAGCGACCUCCACUUCAUUCAGAGCUUCAGGUGGGAGACGAAACUAACCGGCGAGGCGGCGUACUGCCUCACCAACCUGGAGGCGGCCAUCAGCUUUCUGGAAACGGUUGAUCUUGCUACCCUGAGAGCAGACGAACAUCCUUCCGGGCCCCCCAAGACUUCAAACCAAUCCGGCACCCCGAAGACAGAGACUUUCCCUCCUGCGUAUCCCCAAGGACUUACAGCGCCUACUAGUACCACCGGCGACGCUGCACCCGAAAAUGCCACUGCCACAAAGCCUGCGCCCUCGCCAUCGGGACUUAAGGCCACCAACGUCUUGCGGAACCGGCGACUAAGUGACUUGGUCAACACUCCGGCACAGGCGUUCGGUGCAGCAAGCGACGCCGUCUUUACAACGGCGGACCAAGGUCUCAAGACCAUCUCAAACAGUCUCGGCGAGAGCUAUUCAUUCCUCCUCGGCAAAUUGCGGGAGCGUCAGCAGGGACCAAAGGAGUCCAUAGCCGUUCCGCGGACCCUCGACGACGCACGCAAGCUUGUCAGUACGCCGCCACCGGAAGAGGAAGACAACGCCAGCGGUGCUAGCUCAGCAAUUGGUGCUGAGGAUGCUGAGCGGCUGAAAAGGCCAUCGGCACGCGAGGACCGAGUCCUCAACAUGAUCGGCGGCCGUCGAGAUGCCAGCGUGGAAAGCUCGAGGAGCGCUAGCUCCUCCAAGAAGGUGUUGUUCUCCGAAGAACCAAAGGCCACGACACCGUCGCUGCUCUCAUCCGGACAGAGCCCUGCUGUUCUAGAGCAGGUGCGUAACCUAGGCAGCACCUUCAACCCCAUGGCGAGGUUGUCGAGUAUUGGUGGUUUCAGGGGCUUUGGACGCAGUGCGCCCACGACCCCCGCGGCGUCAAAGGAUGUCGGCAAGACUGCCGACGGGGGCGACUUGGCGUCGGCCUUCCCUGACAUUGCUGCCGCGCUCCCGCCCAAGCAGGUGCCUAAGAUUGCGCCCCCGAACAAGCGUUUCAUGGAGCUCCAGAGCCCUGGCGAACUCCGUCUAGGGGAGGUGCUCGACCUGUUGAGGGAUUAUAGGCGGCUGGCCAAUGCGCUGAAGAACAUGGACGCGUUCGAGGAGAAGUGA